GACCACCAAAGAUCACACACACCACUUACAAAGCUUCUGCUUUCUCUGUGUUAUUUCAGUGAGUUCUUGAAAUGAGAGGGAUGAAGAGUCUUACCAUUUGGGCUCUCUUUGCUGCUUUACUCUCCCAGCAGCUGUUUGCUUCUGUUGCUUCCAUAAGGGUCGAAGAUGAGAAAACAUACUACUCUCCUCCCUCUGGUGGACACGGCGGUUACACACCCACUCCUAACUGUGGAAGUCCACCUUACGACCCAACACCUUCAACUCCAUCCCACACUCCAACUCCUUCAACACCAUCUCACACUCCAACUCCUUCGACUCCAUCUCACACUCCAACACCACACACACCAACUCACCACACGCCUCCUUGUAACUGUGGGACUCCACCACACGAUCCUUCCACACCUUCACACCCUUCUACACCUUCACAUCCUUCCACGCCUUCACACCCUUCAACGCCUCCUACUGGUGGAUAUUACUCAUCUCCUCCACCAAGUACACCAGUCGUUGUGACUCCACCAACACCCAUUGUUGAUCCAGGCACACCCGUCGUUGGAGGAAGCCCACCAACUCCUAUUAUUGAUCCUGGCACUCCUGGAACUCCUUUUGUUCCUGCUCCAUUCCCACCAAUCACUGGAACAUGCGAUUACUGGAGAAACCACCCUACACUCAUAUGGGGUCUUCUUGGCUGGUGGGGAACUGUUGGAGGAGCGUUUGGUACAGUCAGUACUUCCAGUACCAUUCCAGGGUUUGAUCCUCACAUGAACCUUCUCCAGGCACUUUCCAAUACCCGCACCGAUGCUAUUGGAGGUCUCUACCGUGAAGGCACAGCGUCUUGGUUAAACUCCAUGGUCAACAACAAGUUCCCUUUCACAACCCCUCAAGUUAGAGACCACUUUGUGGCAGGACUUUCCUCAACCAAGGCAGCAACAAAGCAGGCACAUACCUUCAAGCUUGCCAAUGAAGGUCGUCUAAAGCCUAGAAACUAGAAACAAGAGAGUUUCUCAUUUAUCAGUCGUUUGUUGGUUUGCAUUAAAACAAUCUUGAUUAAUUAUCCUAUGCAGUGUGUGUGCUUAGUAGAGGCUUUAAGUGUCCUAUAGCUUCUAGUAAUAUUUAUGAUGGAAACUCCUUUAUAUUUGAUGUUGUUUUGAUAAUUUCUUGAUUUUAAAUAAUGGUAGUGCUAUUUAGUA